GGAUUUUUAUAAACACAUGCACUUCAUGUUACCCGAAUUAUCACACACAACCUGUAUUUUUAAAGCGUUUCGCUCAAUAAAACAGCGAGUCCCUCACAACUUCGCCCAAGAGUUUUUUUUAAGAAAGACUAUCAGGUAAAAAAGAAGCCCUGGGAAUAAGUCCUGCAUCAAGUGCGCAAACAGCCAAUUUGCCGGAUGCCGAAAACAUUUAUAAGUGAUACUUUAACAGGUACCUGAGAAUUAAGAUUAUACCGAAGUGAGAAAAAUCGGCAUGCCGCGUUUAAUAAAAAUCAAAAUGGCGGCAUGAACACUUGAAAGUCAUUAUGAGAAAAGUGUUGAAGACUAUUUCGAUAUUAUUCGUGUUGGGAGGUUGUAGUUUGUUAGCAUGUUUGUUAUUGUUGAGAGGUAGUACAACAAAAAAAGAAAAGUUUACAAGAAGAGAGGUUUCAAGUCAACAAAAGGAGUUCGUCAAGCCGGCUAAAAUCAUCAAUGAAUUACCAUCUAAAGAAAAAACGAACAAGCGAAAAGACUGUCAGUUCGGAUUUGAUUUUUUAGAAGACCUCCUUGAAAAACACACUGCCGUUUCUCAUUAUCUCUUGCCAUCUCAUAAAAGACAAAACUUUUCUGGUGCUUUAGUCAGUCAGGAUUUAAUGUGUCUUGAUACAAUGGACGCUGUGGAGAAUCAAUGGAUUGGGAUAUUUGAAUGUCAUGGACAAGGAAGAAAUCAGGCUGUAACUUUCACAACGGAUGGUACAAUCCUGGGAGGAUCUUCCAAAAUAUUAUGUCUUGCGAUGAAGAAUAUGGUUUCAAAAAAUGUCGUGCUGAAAAAAUGCAACAGUAAUGACGAAACACAGAAAUGGACAACCGAUAGUAAAUACGGUUAUAUCAUGCCAAUUGUACGUCAAGAUCAUUGUUUAAAUUCUCCUGCUCAAGAAGACAAAGGAAUGACAAUCGAACCGUGUAAUUUACAAAUGAUUACUCAAAAAUGGCAGCUCGUCAUGCAAGAAGUGUUGUCGUUAUGGUUGGAUGGCGCGCAACGUGACUUUAGAAUACAUCAAAUUAAAAAGAAAGGAACACGUAAACAAAUGAACAAAUUGAUGUUGCAACCAUCGGAGAAAAUAAAAUAUACCGAUUCUUUAUUUUUUCGAUGAAUAUCAGGGCUUCGUGUAUUAUUUUCACACAGAUCUAGCUAAUUUCACGCCGAGCCGUAUAAAAUGGCGACUCUUUAUUGAUAAGAACUAUUACUAUUUUUAUUUAGCUGUUGUAAAUAAAAUGCUUAUAAAUAUAAAAUUAUACCUAAAUUAUAAAAAAAUGUAAAAACGAAAAAUAUAGAAUACAAAAUACAUACAAAGAUAAUUAUAA